AUGCUACUCCCCAAUGGUUUCUCGUACAUCCCAUCGGAAGCAACGCAACCUUCUCUAGACCACCCCAGCCAAAUAAAGCACGCCUCAGCAUCUGAAGAUUCUAGGAAAGGAACAUCUCACAGCCUUGAAGCUACGAAGUCAGAGGAUACCAACAACCCGCCUCUCAAGUCCCCUCCCGCCAAAGAGAAGACUACUGAAGUGGGUGUCGAAGCUGUUCCUGCUCCUGAACCAGACACCGGAAUAUACCCCUCAUUCCCCCUCAUCAUACACUCUGGCGUGCUACCAGUAAUAUCUCCAACCACGCUAGCUCCACCCCCUACUCCGACUACUCCAUCGCACCUCAGAGCGACUACUACUUUUUCCAUGCUCCUGGCAACGAGCUCUCGCCGCAACCGGCCGCGCAAACGCUCAUGCCCCACGCCGUCCCUGCCUAUUCUCCAGGAUCAGUUCCUCGAUCAAGAUUUGAAGAUGGAUGACGAAUCUCUAUUCGGCGGGAAGGAGCGCACUUCCACUGCAGCAUGUCCUGAUAGCAACGGUGUCUAUCCGUGGACUCAAUACACGCCGAAACCAUCCAUUAGCUCUCUUGCCACCCUUGCGGCGAAGAACGCCUCCGUCGUUUUCAAAGCGGACUCUUUACCUGCACCCCCGCCUAGGACUUAUCCUGUGGAACGGCAAGAGCCAUGCCAAGUACCCAAUUGCGCUCCUGUCUUCGUCACUCUGCCACUUCACCAGUCCCCCGUCAACCCGGCCGCACAACAAAUGCAGCAAGCUUAUGAUCGUGCGGCUAAUAGGCUCUCUUCAAUAUCCACCUCGAUAUACCCUAGCACGAUGCAGUCUUCUCACGUGAUCCCUGGUGUUGGUUUGGCGAUUGGCGGGGCUUCUCCUCUGGUCUUGAGCGACUCUCCAACCUUCGAGCACAAGCCAGGAAUAAAUCGGUCCUCCGCAUGCCGACUAAGCUAUCAUCACAGCUUGACAAACUCGGAGUACACUGAUGUGUACGGUGGGACGGAGUUCUCUUCACCUGUUCCUUCUCCCCUUCAACCCCCUCCCCGAUCCACCAUGCGCAAGUCCUCGACGGCGAAUCCGACUCAAGGUCGAGCCCGCGUGAAGGCAGGAUACACUCCCGGGGCCUCAGGUGGGGUCAUCCGCUCGUCUACCACCGUCUCAGGCCUCCCGUCCCUCUCUCGUUCUGGUAAUCGAAGCUCCAUGGUCAACCUCGAAUAUGUUCUCCCUCCGCUUACGCCCGCCCUCAAGACCGACGCCCACCGGGAGCGCAACACCCGCGCCCUCACGUCCGCCCUUGGCCUCUCGACGCCCUCCUUUCACCCCUCUCCCGUGCCGAUGUCCAUCCCGGACAACUCUGCCACCCUGGCAGGAGACCGGAAGCGGGACAAGGGCGCCGGACACCACCACGCGCAGAGCGGCGUCACGAUUACCGUCAUGAGCCCCUCGGAGGACUCGAGCGCGGCACGCCUCGGUCAGUUCAUGCUCGGUGAAGGGUUCGCGUCCUCAAAGGACUUCGGCUCCUCGAGCAUGUCGUCUAUGCCGUCGGUAUUCGUCACCCCGAGCGCGUCCAGGGGCCGUGUGCCCGUCACGCGGAAGAACGUCGGCACCAGUGCCCAAGCACGUUCCUCUUUCGACGACAGGCCGCCCCGGGUCCCCUCGCCGCCACCUCUCCCGACUUUGGCGCAGAUGGCACUCGCGCACUCCAACUCGGUCGCGUACGAUGACUAUAGGAGCCCGACCUAUAGCAUUUACGGGCUGUAUGAAGCCGAGAGGAAGAGUCGCUUACAGAGCGAGAACGUUGUGUAG